CUCCCUCUAGUGGCAGCUAUUAUGUAGUUCGCCGAAUGUGGCGCACAGCAAGAUGGAUGGGCAGCCACCGAGAGGAUAUUUUCUUUUUCUAAAUCACACUUGCGGACCUCCGCGAGCAACGUAGACACGAGACUGCGCUACGUUUACUUUAGGUCAACUUCUCUAACCGAAUCUCGACCGCCUAAGUGAAACAAACUCGAGCAAACGCGGAAGAUCGACUUUUCGUGAACUUCCUCGCCUCUUUUUUUUUUUCCUGAAGAAAAUGCGCGUCACCGUGAACGUGACUCCAUCCAACCUUGUUUAAUCGCGCCGCUGUAAUAUGGAAACGUCUCGUGCUGAAUGUAGCCCUCGAGCUCGUUGUCUUGUGUGCCUCCACGUUGCCGUUGAUGUAUGUCACGCUGAGCCAGCCCUCAUGUGAUGAGGUCCAGCGCUACACACACGACACGAUGGCAUCGAGAUCGGCUUUGCUCGAGUGGUGCAGCCAAACAUGCACCACGUAUCACCCCCAGGUGGAAAUCACCAAUUUGUCCACCUCAUUCCGAGAUGGGCUUGCGUUUUGUGCCAUCAUCCACAGCCACCGCCCGGAUCUCAUACAUUUCAGUUCCCUCUCAAGAGCGAAUGUUUAUGAAAACAACAAACUGGCCUUUGAAGUUGCAGAGAGCAAGCUUGGUAUCCGCGCUUUCCUGAUCCCCAAAGAAAUGCUUGCCACCGAGGUGCCCGAUUAUUUGAGCGUCAUCACUUACCUCUCCGAGUACUACCGUUACUUCCGACGGCUCUCUAACGGUGUGUCAGGUCCUUCCAGUUUGAAGUCAUCACACAUCACUUUAUCAAACAAGCAUCCGCCUUAUUUGCCCUCCAUUGAAGAUGACCGUUGUCCUGAUAAAUGUCGACAGCACGUAUGUCGCUUUUGCGCCAAACCUGUUCAUCUUAUUCAGAGACUUGUGAUCUGCGGAGAGAUCUGGCAUCGCACUUGUUUCAGAUGCCAAUUGUGCCGCAGCACCCUCGCAGCGGGCUUCUUCAUUCCGGGAAAAGACGCCGGUCAAUUCAUCUGUUCUGACCACGUGACGGACGCUUCGAAUAUUCCAGCCGUCCAGAACGUUGAGGGAUGGGAAGACUGCUCGUCUCUCGGUAGAUUGACUCUCCUCGGCGUCUCCCGCUACUCUGAGAAAACAAAGUCACGUGACAGACUGGUUUUUAAACCGGCGGAGGAUGAGCAAACAGCACAGCGCCAGUCAUCUGACACGCAGAGUAACAUGUCAACGCCGCCAUCUCCUCAACCCGUCCCGGUAAACGUUGACGAGACGACCGAUGGCCAGGACGCGUCUCCAUCGGUUUUGGUGGGGGGCUACGGGCACAAGGAGGCGACGGCAACCGAGGAGUCCUCUGAGUCGCCAUACGGAGAAGCGACUGGAGAACGUGAGCAGCUCGCAUCCAAACAGAUGCCAGACUCUGUCUGCGCAGCCAAGAAUCAACCUUCCCAAACAGUGAGUAGCACCUCAGAGACAACCGAUGGCAAGGACGAGUCGCGGCUGGUUCUGGCGGAAAGUGAUGAGCAAAAGGAUGAAACAAAAACGGAGGAGCAGUUGCCGUCUCCUUCUGCACAAGUAACUCAUGGAGAGAGUCAGCAGCCGGCACGCGAAGGGACCGCUCCAAGUCGGUCUUUGCCGUUUUCAUCUCGCAUGAGCCUGAAAAACCCCGUGAAAAGCAACCACCCGUGGCUCGGAAUCAUCCAUCCCGGUCCUUGGACGCAGCUGCCUCCCGUUCAGUCCCCAGGACCGCCCAUGCAUUCCAAACGUGGUCCGAAUGGCCGCGUAUACUGGUACAGACCGAGAAUCCCUCCCCCCAAUCCUUUCGGCGAGGACCUGGACGAGGAAGACGCAGUCAAAACGGAGCCGCGUGUCAAAGACACUCAUGGAGGGCAAAGCGGUCAACUCGGUGGCUCAGAUGUAACGGCUGCAAAUGUCCCACACCAAGUCAGUCGUAGCCCCGUUUUGCCGAGAAGUCUUUCGGUGCCGGCCGUCAAAUCUACAAAGUUACCUUUUGUCAUGGCAGAGGACAACAAAUCGCCCUGCUCAACCCCAAUUAAGCUUUGCAAGGAGAAGGAACAUUGCGAUGCAAACGCAGAAAUGCCCAAAUCCAAAACAUGCCAGGCCCUCACAUCUGGACGGGCAGCCGCUCCCGGGCAUGGCUUCCCACUCAUUAAAAGGAAGGUGCAGGCCGACCAGUAUGUUUCCGCAGCAGAUCUGCCGGUGGAAACGAGACGAGUGACAGAGCAGCUCGAGGCGCUGGAAGAACGAGGCGUUGACUUGGAGAGGGAUAUCAGAGAGUGCAGCAAUGGUUCGUGCGUGCUACGUAAAACUCGAGAGGCCAAUACUUUAGUUUCUUUUUUCAUUUCAGACAAAGAGGAAGAAGGUCUGCUGGCCGAAUGGCUCGCUCUUACCCAGGAGAGACAAUUUCUGAUGCGACGAGAUACCGAGCUGGUUUAUUUGACUAAGCAGCAACAGUUGGAAGAGAGGCAGGCGGAUGUGGAGUACGAGCUUAGACGUCUCCUCAAUAAACCAGAGAGCAUCUGGAGUCAAGAAGAUCGAAGUCGAGAACAAAGCCUGAUGACCGAGCUGCUUGUCAUCAUUGAGCAGAGGAACCAGAUCGUCAGCAUUUUAGAUCAAGACAGGAAGAGGGAGCGAGAAGAGGAUGCGCUUUCGGAAGGAAUGAUCAAGAACACAGACUUCCAGAAAGAGGGUUUGAAAGAGCUCAAGAAGUCAAAAGGAAAGUUCAAGCCCUCAAAGGUUUUUAAGAUGAACCGGAAAGGCGAGCGCAGUGCAGACUCUCUGGACAAAAAGAGCUGAAUGUCUGUUGAGACGGCAGAAGAAUGAACUGAAGAAAGGUUCAAAGACAUCAAAUGAAAUUCUGCGUGUACAUGAUCAAGUGUUGGCCCCAUUUUAGUCUACUGUGUGCUUAAACUGUUAUGCAAAUGUAGACUUAGGAAUGUAUCACAAGUCAAAAGUACUCUUUUUUUUUUGUGUUAGCAAAAUAGCAAAAUUGCCUCAGUCCUUUAAAAAAUUUUCCGUACAAGAAAACACCACAAAUUUAACAAGCGAAAAGAGUCCAGUUGCCUUUGUGAAUUACCAUGAACUAGCAAGUUAAAAAUGACGUAGAGGCAAUUAUGCCAUUAGGCUAAAAGAUAGGCAUGUACUCGAUAAGUAUAUCUUUUUUCAAAUUAAAACGGUUUUAUUAAAGAUACAGAGGCAUCUCUGUGCACUCUAAUGUUGUAAACAAAAUUGCAGUUGAGGUCAAAGAAGGAAACAUCUUUUAGACGAACCACGGAGUGAAACCGUGAUUUUAAUCGGUAUAAUUUGGAUGAUAGUUUUCAGCUAAGAAACCCCCAUUUUUUGAAUCGCAUUUCACUACUGAUAUAAUUUUUUUAAAAUAUAUGUAUAUUUUCCACGAUGUCCAGAUUUUUUAAAUUCACUUGCAUAUGAGAAAAAAAAUUUAAUAAACGUGUACAUAAAACUU